ACGCACAGGUCCCCACAGGGUGUGAGCUUGUUGGUCGUGGUCUGCGCGUGUCUCACCUCAGGAGCUCAGCAAGCUAGCCUGUCUUAGCUGAGCAGUGGCUGGACUAGAAGGACAGAGAGGACAGCAGAGAGGAGGGACUGUACCAGCACGCUCUGGAGAUCAUUGUCCUGCCUGCUGCAUCAGAUGCCGUCUCCUCACGUGUCCACAGUGAGGGAGGAUCUCAGGGCACACAAAGCACGGGUGGAGCUGUGGAGCGGUCAGGACUAACAACUGAGCAUCAGGGCCCCAUGUCUGCUUCGCAGACGCUUUCAUCCACAUAUUCUCACUGGAGAUAACGCCUCAGCAUGGUGAAGAUGGCGAAGAUGGAACUUCUGAGAGCGCUCAUCAGUGAGUGUCUGUCUGCAGCCGCAGAGGAGAUCUUCAGGAUAGCAGAGAGAACCAUGAUAGAGUAUGAAGAGGAAAUGUCCUGUUCAAAGUGGGUAGUGGACAGCCACCGCAGACUGCUGGAUGUCGCCAAGGCCCAUAGUGAAGACUGUCGCCAGUUCUCUGCCACUGAUAUGAAGCUGCAGUGUGGCCAGCAGCAGCCUCCUGCCCGUAUCAGUGUGAGCCGGGAGGAACCAGACGACGCCACGUCAGAGCCCGCAGAGGACUGCUGCAACACCAACACUCACCCACACCCCUCUCCUGCUCGUGAAAAUGAUCCAGGUGAUCUGGAAAUACAGACUGAUACUGCUGAGGAUGAGGGUGUGAAGCAGGAGCGUGACCUGAACCUGCCUUUGAAAAUCCUCAAAGUGAAGCAAGUCUUUAAAUGUCCCGUUUGUUUCAGGGGGUUUUCUUCCAAAAAGAUGAUGGUGCGACACAUCAAGAAGCAUCCAGAGGAUAAACCCUCUUCUUACCAAUGCCAGUUCUGUGACCGCGACUUCUGCUACAAGUCUGAAUUCAUCAUUCACACCAGGAUACACAAAGGCUCCAAACCAUACAAGUGCCAAGACUGUGACAACAGCUUCGACCAGAGGGACAGUCUGUUUAUUCACAGGCUGAAACAUACUGAGGAGAAACCAUAUCAGUGUUUUAAUGAAAAGGUGGAUUCAGAAACUCAUCUCAGACCAAUGACACCUGCCAGUAAGAUGUCAGAAGAGCUGGACCCAAGACAGGACGACUCUGGCGUUAAGACAUUUCCACUGACUUUCACUCCCUAUGACAGAAGUGAGUUUGAUCAGGAAUCCCUGCAGCCCCUGUGUCUGUACCAAAUCCAGACUGUCGCUGACAUAGAUCAAGACUCCUCAAUUACGCUUACAGUGGAUCACGUUAAAACUGAGCCGAACGGAGCUGAUGGUGGAGCAUCAGACACCAGCGCUGAUGAUCCGCUGCUCCGCUCAGUGAACCCAGGUGAGACAGAACCCAACCAUCUCAGCGUAAGGAGACCUUCAGGAAAACCCGCCGAGCUCAUGGUGCACGUUGAAGACGGAACAGCACGGAAACCCUACAAGUGUCCAUGUUGCAACAAAUGCUUCUCCUUGACUAAGACUUUAAUCCGACAUGUAAGGAUCCACACAAAGGACAAACUGUAUCAGUGCCAGUUUUGUGGGCGAAACUUCUGUCAGAAGUCAGAUCUGGUCAAUCACACGAGGAUACACACCGGAGAGAGACCCUAUCAGUGCCACGAAUGUAACAAGUCCUUCGCACAGAAAGGCAACCUGGUGGUCCACAUGAGGAAACACACGGGAGAGAAACCGUAUCAGUGCCGAGAGUGCGGGUGUAGAUUUGGCCAGAAGUCGUCUUUAGACUGUCACAUGCUGAGCCAUAGAUAG